CCCGGGUCCCGGUACCGCUGAGACCCGGUGGGGCUACUUGUCGCCGGCAGCCACCUGCCUCAGCCCGGUCACUGGCUAGGCCCGGGUUCGGAGCUGGGCCAGCAUGAAGUGCCUGGUCAUGGGCGGCAACGUGAAGGUGCUCGGCAAGGCCGUCCACUCCCUGUCCCGUAUCGGGGACGAGCUCUACCUGGAACCCUUGGAAGACGGGCUCUCCCUCCGGACUGUGAACUCCUCCCGCUCUGCCUAUGCCUGCUUCGUCUUUGCCCCGCUCUUCUUCCAGCAGUACCAGGCUACCACCACCUCCGGUCAGGACCCGCUGCGCUGUAAGAUCUUGAUGAAGUCCUUCCUGUCCGUCUUCCGCUCGCUGGCAAUGCUGGAGAAGACUGUGGAAAAAUGCUGCAUUUCUUUGAAUGGCAGGAGCAGCCGCCUGGUGGUCCAGCUGCACUGCAAGUAUGGGGUGAGGAAGACUCACAACCUGUCCUUCCAGGACUGCGAGUCCCUGCAGGCCGUCUUUGACCCAGCCUCGUGCCCCCACAUGCUUCGCGCCCCAGCACGGGUCCUGGGGGAGGCUGUUCUGCCCUUCCCUCCUGCACUGGCUGAAGUGACACUGGGUAUUGGCCGUGGCCGCAGGGUCAUCCUGCGCAGCUACCAGGAGGAGGAGGAGGCAGACAGCACCGUCAAGGCCAUGAUGACUGAGAUGAGCAUUGGGGAGGAGGAUUUCCAGCAGUUGCAGGCCCAAGAAGGGGUGUCUGUCACUUUCUGCCUCAAGGAAUUCCGGGGGCUCCUGAGCUUUGCAGAGUCAGCAAACUUGAAUCUUAGCAUUCAUUUUGAUGCUCCAGGCAGACCAGCCAUCUUCACCAUCAAGGACUCUGUGUUGGACGGCCACUUUGUCUUAGCCACACUCUCAGAGACUGACCCCCACUCCAAGGACCUAGGCUCCCAGCAGCUCCAUCGGCCAGUGCCUCAGCUUCAGGAUUACAGCACACCCCACCUGGAUGACUUUGCAAAUGAUGACAUUGACUCUUACAUGAUGGCCAUGGAAACCACCAUAGGCAGUGAGGGCUCCCGGGCGCUGCCCUCCACUUCCCUGUCACCUGGCCGCCAGCGCUCCCAUAGCCCUGACCCCCACUCAGAAGAGGAAGACGAAGCUGAGCCCAGUACAGUACCUGGGACUCCCCCACCCAAGAAGUUCCGCUCGCUGUUCUUUGGCUCCAUCCUGGCCCCUGUACACUCCCCCCAGGGCCCCAGCCCUGUGCUGGCUGAAGACAGUGAGGGUGAAGGCUGAACUGAGAACCUGAAGUCGUCUGUGUCCAGAGGCCCUGGACUAGGCGUAGCCCCGGCCCUGGAGGGUCGUAAAGGUGGGCUUGCUGGAGCCGAGCUGGUGGUUCUGCUCCCUCUGACAGGCCCUGCCUGGCUGUCCACCAUGCCCCGUGGAGCUGCCCGGCUCACCCUGACUGGCCUGGGUCCUGUUAUCACCCCCAACCAAUCAAUCAUGUCUGUUCCCAGACCUGGCCUUGAGCUACUACCUGACAGCAGGUUCCUCACCUCUUAUUUACCACUGAGCCUUAGGCCAGACUCAAACCACCUGGCCAGGGCUGGAAACCUGUCUUCCUCAGGCUCACUUCUGUAAGAAAAAAACGUGGCCCUGCUGAUGCAUUUCUGCCAGUCAUGCCUGUUUCUUCCCCAAGUCCUGCGCAUAC